AUCAAGAUGAAGCUUACAAUCUUUGUGACAAUAUUUUUCUUGUUGAAAAUGGACGCAGCCUUCCAAGCAAAUGGAAGAAUCAUUCUAAGCGGCGGCGACGGUGAAAGCGGUGGCAGUUCUGGCAAUGGCGGUCGUGGCGGCCGCGGUGGUCGAGGCGGCGGCGGUGGUUUAGACGGCGAACCUGGUGGAAGUGGCAGUAUUUUCGGCGGCGGCUAUGGCGGCAGUGGUGGCCGUGGAGGUCGAGGCGGCGGUAGUGGUUUAGAUGGCGAGCCCGGUGGAAGUGGCAGUAUAUCCGGUGGCGGCCAUGGCGGCCGUGGCGGCAGUGGCGGCGGUAGAGGUGGCGACGGCGAGCCCGGUGGUAGCGGCAAUAUUUUCGUUGGUGGCGCUGGCGGACGUGGCGGUUCUGCAUUCGGCUUCGCCGGAGUCGAUGGCGAACCAGUUGGAAGCGGAAUUUUCAUCGGUGGCGGCGCUGGUGGGCGUGGCGGUUAUGCAUUUGGCGGUGGCGGCGGCGGCGGUCGGACACACACUUUCCGCUCACUCGUAUCUGCGCCCAUACGCUAG